AGAGAGAGAGAGAGAGAGAGAGGGGAAGAGUGUAGUGUUUGUGCAGCAGGCUGGCAGGGUGAACAGCUAGUGAGAGGGUUGUAAGAGGAGAGGGGGAAUGAGAGAGAAGGGUGUUUCUUUGAAGGCCGAAAGGGGAGAAAGAGGGCAACCAGAGAAGAGUGUAAGUGCAGAGAGUGGAGGGUCUGUGCAUGCUGAGAGGGAAGGGACAGCAGCUAGCGAGGGAGAGAGAAUGGUGUAAAAGUACAGGCUGUGUGUACAGGCUGACAGAAGAAAGAAGGGUGCAAGAGCGACGGCAGGAGGGUGCGAGAGAGCGGGCCCUGUGCUUUCUGAAAGAAGAGGGAGAGACGUGUGGUGAAGGAAAGACGGGGGGGCUGGACUGAGUGAAUGUUGUGGUGGUUCCAGUCCUGGCUGAGUAGAGAGUGAGAAAGAUCAACUUGGGACAGGGGUGUGAGGGCUCACGGGGAGGAAAGGGGUUUUGGGGUGUCAAAGGAAGGACCCAGCUUCCCUGUACAGUGUGAAAAGGAGGAAAAGAGUGAUUCCCUAUUGAAAAAAACGAGGGGAGCCUAAGGAGUAAGAGAAGGAAAGCAGGUCCUUGGGAUAUCCGGAUAACUGACUUGUGGAUAAAAUCUGAAAAAGGGGAAGACAGAACCAGAGGAUCAAUGGGGUGCAUUCACAGUAUCCAGCAUUGCAGCAGAAAGAGACGCGCCCCGGAACCUGAGGGAUCCCCGAAAGUAGCAGUCCACAAUAUCCCCGUUGAAAUCCUACAGCUGGCUGAGCUUGGUAAAGGAGCCGUGUCCCAUGCGUUCACAGAGAAGAGCUGUAGGAAGAAACGACCAUGCGACGUGUGUAGACGGACCAUUGACAUCCCUGGGGCUUUCUGUGACGAGUGCAAGACAGCCGUUCAUAAAAAAUGUGAAGCCAAGGGGUCCACUAAGUCCCUGUCCCAUAAGAAGAGGAUCUUCCUUCCCAGGAGUAAGAGUGGGGGGUGUGCGAUGGAGAGAGUGAUGGCGCGGCACUAUGACUUUGACCUCACCUACAUCACUGAGAGGAUCAUCUCUGUUUUCUUUCUGCCCGAUCUGGAAGAACAAUGUUACCGCGGCAACUUACAGGAAGUGGCUGCCAUGCUUAAGUCCAAACACCAAGACAAGUUCCUGCUCUUAAACCUGUCUGAGAAGCGUCAUGACAUCACCAGACUCAACCCCAAGGUUGAAGACUUUGGUUGGCCAGACCUGCACGCUCCACCCCUGGACAAGAUCUGUGCCAUGUGUAAGGCCAUGGAGACCUGGCUCACCUCUGACCCCGGCAACGUGGUCGUCCUACACUGCAAGGGAAACAAGGGGAGGACGGGGGUCAUCGUGGCGGCCUACAUGCACUACAGCAAGAUCUCCGCAGGGGUGGACCAGGCCCUGACCACUUUGGCCAUGAGGAAGUUCUGUGAAGAUAAAGUGUCCUCCUCGCUGCAGCCCUCUCAAAACAGGUAUAUCUACUACUUUGGGGGUCUGCUGUCGGGGGCGAUCAAGAUGAACAGCAGACCUCUGUUCCUCCACCAGGUCCUCAUCCCCAGCCUGCCCAACUUCCAGGCAGCAGGAGGAGGUUACUAUCCGUUCCUGAAGAUCUACCAGUCUCUACAGCUGGUCUACACAUCAGGCAUCUACAACCCCCAGGGCUCCAGGGCGAGAAAGCUGUGUGUGACACUCGAGCCGGCGCUACUGCUGAAGGGGGACAUCGUGGUGAAGUGCUAUCACCGGCGGCCGCGUGGCUCAGAGAGGGAGGCAGUGUUCAGGCUGCAGUUCCACACUUGUACGGUACACGGAGCUCAGCUGUGGUUCGGCAAGGGAGAGCUGGACCUGGCCUGUGCAGAUGACCGGUUCCCUCCAGAUGCUACAGUGGAGUUUAUCUUCUCCUACAGCCCUGAGAAAAUGAAAGGGCGAGAGUACCGUAAGAAUGACCCCUCUGUUACAGUGGACUACAGCACUUCAGACCCUGUGGUGCGCUGGGACUCAUAUGAGAACUUCAACCUUCACCACCAGGAUAGCAUUGAGGACAUCUCCCACACGCGGGGCCCCCUGGAUGGCAGUCUGUACGCCCAGGUGAAGAAGCGUCGGGGCCCGGGCUCUGUCGGUGCCUCUGGGGCCUCUCCCAACGGAUGCCCCCCAAGCAGCCCCACAAACAAGCCCCCUUCCCAGGCCCAGCCUCAAACCCAGCCCCUUUCCCUCAGCUCCGACUCGGGGCACUCCUCCACCCCCUCGGAACACCUGGAGGAACCCCCUCCUCGCCCCCUGUCCCGUCUGGAGAAAGAGAAGAAAGAGAUGGCCUGUCCUCUGAGGAGGAUAGAGGGGGAGGGCGAAGAGAGGGAAAGGGCGAGGCAGAGGGACAGGGAGACGGCCAUUUUGGAUGACAGAGAGUCUGUGCCGGACAGAGGGUCGAGGCGGGAGCAGCGCUCAUGUUGCGUUCGAGCUGGCCACGGUCCGAGAUGUCAGAGGUGUGGGGAGGCACCGAGUUGGGAGAGGGUGAAAGAGAGGGAGCCAUGCCUUGCAAAUGGACAUUAUAUGGACCGCUGUAACAGAACCAAGGGGAAUCCAAAGAGCCGAACGCUACCCGCCUUACCCUCCCAGCAGCCUGCGUCUCCUCGCCCUCUCUCGCCCCACCUGGACUUGUGCCAUCGCCAUAGCGCCCAUCCCCUGCCCGAGUUGCCUUGGGAACACCCCCGGCCCCCCUUACCCUGUCUCCAUCGCCCCUGCUACCCCUACCCCGCUCCUGAACAGAUCCACCCACACGCCCACACCCUCCCAGCCUCCAAUAGGGUCUUCUGCGGUGGGGAGGAAUGUCAGCUCUUUCAUUACCCCGCCCACGCCCCCCUUUCCCCUCAUCUCUCCCACCAAUCGCUGCCCUCCAGUCCAUAUAGGGAGAUGUUUUUCAGACCGGCGGCUCCUCCCCCUGGUGGCUGCCCAUGUCGGGACUGCACCUGCAGGCGAGGGCACCAAUCGGCUUCAGCCAGAGCCUUCCACCUGCUGCGCCCGGACCAACCAGAGAGCCCACACUGGGCUCGAGGGCGGGACUCUGAGCUGUGGGACAGGGAGGCUGGGCUGAGGCGGGGGAGGGAGGGGCCUUCUCAGCUUUGGGAGGCGGAGAAUCUAUGGGGGGCAGAGCGAGAGGCAGAAAUUUGGCAGCGUUCAGUGGGAGGGAUGUCGUCCUAUAGAGGCCAUCACUCCCCUCUGGGUCAAGGUUACGACCCUUCUGUUUUCCUGCUAGGCCCUAACCUGCCUGGGUAUCCCAGCCCCCACCCCCUCCUGGACAGCCCCCGUGGCAGCAGUGGGUACCACACCCCUCAACCCCCCCUACACUCCUGCCCCUGCGAGCCCUACCAGCAGGUCUCCCCCUUGGAGUGCCACGGGAGCCGGGGGUACGCCUCGGGAUACCAGUCCGGGUCUGCCUCACCCCUGCCCCCUGGUGGCACAAACUCUGGUGCCUCCCCCUCGGAACCACCCACCGACCGGCAGCAACAGACUGAUGGACACACUGGUGUGUCCGUGGUGGUGCAGAACAGUGUGGGUAUGGAGGACUCUUCCCAGGGGUCAUUGGGGCAAGCAAAGUUUGACGGACAGCCCGCUUGCCCCACCCCCUUAUCAGACUCUGAUCCAGACUACACAACUAUCACCAGCGGCCCUGCACACAGUGAAGACGGUGAGAAGAAGCAAGAUGAAGAGAAGAUGUGUGACCCCACCGAGGGUUCCACCCGGAGUCCUCCAGCAGGCCCCCAGGAGCCAAGUCAAGGGCCCCAGCAGACAAAGUCCCUCAGUGUGGCCCCAGUGUCUGAUGCCUCAGCCUCCCACUCCACCACGCGGGAGCCUAACAGCAACAGUAGCACACCAGAAACCGAAUGGACACUGCCGAAUGGACACUCCACAACACCACAAACGUUGGUGGAGACACAAAACCAAGAUGACAUCUCUUCUUCUAAAGAGAUCAUACAGAUGCCGAAUGAACGUGUAAACCCUACUGGCUCAACGCAAGUGCACACUGUAAGUGUGCAUCCACCUUCAACUACAGGUGAAGAUGGAGAAUUGAAGGUUGUAGAGAGUGAAACAGAGGGGUCUAGCGGAACUGAGAUGUCCACUCAGGCCGCCUCCGUCCCGAGCCCAAGGCAUUCAUUUGGCCCAGUCCAAGUGCAACUCAAUGGCACCGCUCUCCCCAGUGACUCCCCCCUGUCAGAAAAGGACAGUGGCACAUCCCUGACCCCUUGUUCCAGCCCCAGCUCUGUCCCUUCCUCUCCGCAUCUUUACAUUGGCUCCCCAGAGCGACGUCCCUCCCCUCAGCCCUCUCCAUUGGCCACGGACCCAGCUGGGCAAAGACUGACCCAUGUGAGUGACAGCGACCCCAAACCCCCGUCGCCUGUCCCAGAUGGGUACAGCACCCCAACCUUUCCCCUGGCGUCCUAUUACUACCCUCUACUCAACGUGCCACAUGUCCCCUACUCGGGCUACACCGCCGUCACCAUCCCCGCCACCCAGCCCCCGCUCCCCGAAAAGAGGCGCCUGUCCUCCAUGCCAGGGUCCCCCAACGGUUACGGCUCACAGUCUCUUCUCAGGGCCUCCCUGGAUGCCAUCGGACCCAUGGGUCUCUCUCCCCAGCCCAGCCUCCUCCAGGUCACUUUCUCACCAUCGGUGGGGGAGCUCCCCGCAUCUGUCAGACGAGGACUGGCACACCCUGGUGUCAGAGAGGAGGUGGUGGAGAGCAGCAAGGUCAAUGCCAAGUUUGUCCAGGACAGCUCCAAGUUCUGGUACAAGCCUAGCAUCUCAAGAGACCAAGCCAUCGCUGUGUUGAAGGACAAGGAGCCAGGGUCCUUCCUGAUCAGGGACAGUAACUCCUUCCAAGGGGCCUACGGCCUGGCCCUCAAGGUGGCCAGCCAUCUUUCAAACAACGUCAACAACGCUUGCAUCGAUUCUCAGGCGCAGCUGGUCAGACAUUUCCUCAUAGAGACGGGCUCGCGGGGGGUCAAGAUAAAGGGCUGUCAGAACGAGUCCUAUUUCGGAAGUUUAUCUGCCUUAGUGUACCAGCACUCCAUCACUCCUAUCUCCCUGCCAUGUGCCCUGUGCAUCCCAGAGAAAGAUCUGGUUGGAGAACUGCAGGAGAUGCAUAGUGCCAGCAACACCAGUACUGCAGCGGACCUCCUCAAACAGGGCGCAGCCUGUAACGUACUCUACCUGAACUCUGUGGAGACAGAGUCACUGACCGGGCCUCAGGCUGUCUCCAAGGCGACCAGGUGCACUCUGACCCAGAGUCCUCGGCCCACAGCCACAGUGGUCCACUUCAAAGUGUCCACUCAGGGUAUCACGCUGACCGACAGCCAGAGAAGACUAUUUUUCAGGAGACACUACCCCAUCAACAGUGUGACCUUUAGCAGCGUGGAGCCUCAGGACCAGAGGUGGACUAAUUCUGAUAAGUCAAGCAAGGUGUUUGGUUUUGUGGCCAGGCGGAUGGGCAGCGCAUCGGAGAACGUGUGUCACCUGUUUGCUGAGAUGGACCCGGAGCAGCCAGCUGUGGCCAUCGUCAACUUUAUCAACAAGGUCAUGCUGGGGCCCCAGCAGCAACGCAGAUGAGCUAGGGCCCCCAGAGCAAGAGCCACAACAGGGGAUAACAGUGUGUGGAUCACAGUGUGUAAAUUGGUGGGCGAUAAUGGUUGGAUAUGUGUUUCUGCAAAUUUGUCGGCGUUUGUGUGUACAAGUUGGUGGGUAUGGGUCUGCAAAUUGGUGUGUGUUUGUGUGUGUUCAUGUUUGAAGAUAGCUGUCCACUGGUCCAGGAGAGGAACCGGAUUGGACAUGAAUCAUGUCCAUCAAGACGGUACGUUAGAAAUGUUAGAGAAUAUAUUUUGAGGUGAUAGAGUUAAGCUUUUCCUCUACAGUUAAGUGAGUCGAUUAACACCACCUCUACCGGGUGAGAUUUCUAUUUUUUUUUGGGGGGGGGUCCAUUCAGUUACUGUUUGCCAUCACCUUUAAUUGAAUCAUGUUUGUAUGACUAUGAAGUAUGUAAUUUUAAAUAGGCAAGCCAUAUAAAAAAAGCCUGUACAAUGUCAAUGACUACCCAGUUUGCGCACAAGCAGAUUUGGAAGAUCACUUUUUAUUGGUCAGUAUUAUGUUACCCAAUUUCUGUAUAGUCAACCUCUGACGAGUUGGACAAAACAGCACAGAAGCUGGUUAUAGUAAAUGUACGUGUGUGUGAGUGUAAUGGAAUGUCAGAAAUGGAAUCGGAUUUGGAGUCAUUUUAUUGCGUUUAUAGUUGAACUGGAAUGGCAACAUAUCCUGGGUCGUGUUCAUUAUGUACUGAAACAAAGGAUAACCUGGACUUAAUCAUUUUCAUUUUCUGUUACGAAACCUUUUUAACAUGUUUUCACUUGCGUGCCCUAAUGAACAUGACCAUGGUCUUUAUUAUGUUUUUUUUUUCUAUCAUGCCAGUACUGAGGUGGUUACAUUGGGCUGGCAUGCCAAAGAGAGGAAAAGCAAGUGAUCCCAUGGAGAGGAAUAUGAAGAGAGCUAUUUGAAGAGUUGAUUAAAUGCUACAUUGAUACGAUGAACUGUGAUGUUUUUAAAUUAAAGUUUAAAUUUACAUACCAUAUCCCAAAUAAUAUUUUCCAAACCAUAGAAGAACUUUCCUACACUAUGUUUAUGUAUUUAUUUAACAGUGGUGCGUUAUGCACUUCAAUGUAGCGAUUAAUAAAUGUGAGCAUAGCUCGCCGUGUCCAAAGUGAUAUGGGCCUUGCCUUAAGAAUCAGAAAAUACUCUUAUUUUCCCCCCUAAAAUGUAUUUUUCAAACAUCUAAAUAUAUUUAAUACUGUAUGUAAACUAAGUCAACCUGCUAGUGAACCGUAACUUAAGAUGAGUCGUAGCUGAACAUCCUUCAAAGGAUGGUCUACAGCAAGAUAAAAGAAAACCAUGACAGAAUAGAUUGAACUAGAGAUUAUCAUGGGCCAAAUUUCUGGGGGAGUUUUAUGAUCCAAUUUCCUGGACCUGCAAUUUGCUUUGUAUUAAACCAAACAUACUGUAUAGCCAUAUAUAACGCUGAAGCCAUAGACAACCAAGCACUCAUAUUUUGUUUUGUAAAGGAAUACUUUGUUAUUGAGGCUUGAUUCCUGUAUACUUUUUUUGUGCUGUUUUGUUAACGAGUGUUUUACAUGACAAUCGUUGCAGUAUUUAGAUUCAUGAUUUAUUGUUUGUAUUUUUCAUAUGGAGUUUGAUAUAUUUUCAGUCUCUGGUAAAGUUUAUAACAAAGCAGUAUAAGAAAAACAUUGAUAUUUUUAACUGAAAAUGUAGUAAAUAAAGGGUUGGGGAAAAA